UAACUGACUAAUUGUUAAACACAAAUAUUUGCUGGUUCAAGGUUCUCAAAUGUGGUUUAGUCUGUUUUCAAAUCAUUGUAAAUUGAGUAUCACUAUUUGAAUUUCACAGACUAACUGAUUGAUCACUUUUACUUCACUAUUAACUUUAACUAUCACUACUGUACAAUAAUCAACACCAUGAUCAGUUCAUUCUAUAUUCGUUGGCCUAGUUCAUCAUUUUAUCUCUUAUUGUGAAUCAAGUGCACAGUCACUUUCUUAUCUUCAUCCCAAGCUUAGAUUUACUUGUUGCACAUCAACAUUUUAUCAGCAGGACUUUAGGAAAAAUAAUUUGUGUGCAGUUUUGAGCUGGUCGUCAGAAGCUAAAGCCCAGUUCCAAUGAUAUCCACAGGCAUUUUAGGAAUUGCCUGACUACAUUUGUGCAUAGUAAUCUGAAUAGUUUUUGGUUAUGGUGAUAAUGUUUGUUAUGUGAGUUUCUUUGGGUCAUGUAGUUAGCCCAUAUUUAAAAUGGUCUGAUUAGAUUUCUAAAGGAAGAUGAGCUGAGAUCUAUGUCCCACCAGGAAACAUAGAUCUCAGUAGUGAUGUAGAUUUCCUUUCUGGUUGGGUAGUGCAUACAUUAUGAAGACAAAAUAAGCGGAUGGACUUGGUUGCUAGGAUACAUAGUCCAAACGUGGGAGCUGAUGGAUGAAGCCUGACUUCACUUCUACUGUCUUGCUUUAGCUGUUAUAGAGAGUUGGUGGUAUAAUGAUUUUUUAAUAUUACAUCUACAUGACUUUAAGUUGGCAAUUCCUGCAGUAAUACAAAAAGAUAUCUCAUCUUUUGCCUGUGUCUAUGGUAACUAAUGUAGUGUGUGCUCACAUGGCUUUGGACCCUUUUACAGAUAUUGGUUUAAAGUAAUUUAGGCCAUUGCUUUUUUAAUAAACAAAUGUUUGGCCACGAAGACAUCAGUUAGUAUUUUAAAAUAUGGCGUAACUAGUAGAAACGAGAGAGAACUGACCCCCGACACUGGUGUCUCUCUGUAUGUUUAUUUUAGGGCUGUCUAUUCGUAGAUCUUUUUGCCUGCUAGUAUCAAGUAACACUGUGCACUCCCACCCAGGGUGAGAGACUCACAGGCCUGGGGCUUGUCUCAUUCUCAUAAAGUAGGGCAGAUAAGUUAGCUGAAUAACUGCGCUUAUUAAAACCUGGCUUUCUCUCCUGUCUUGAACGUGCACUGCAGUAAAAAGACCUGGACUCAGCACAGUUAUGCAGCUUACCUGGCAAUACUGCUGUAAGAGGAUACUCCUUUCUUUGUUCUUUAUACAGAUAUUCACUUUGUGAUACCAGGCUAGAAUGAUGUCCAUUGAAUAUACACAGACACAAGGUUUGAUGUGGUAACAACCUACUUCUUUUGAACAACACAAAACUGAUGACAUUGUGUAGAAAGAAAAACAGGUUCUUCUGUUCAUCCAGGACUUCAUGAUAUCAGUAUCAAGAUAUCAGAUAUAUAUAUAUAUGUUUUAAAUAUACAUUUAUUUUGCAGCAGGCAGUCCAGUUGUUGUAAGUAGCUCACUUAAUUUUAAGAAAGCAUACACUUCACAGCGGUAUGCUUUUACCACUUAAACUGGCAGAAAUGAUGACAGAAAUCUUUUAAUAAAUAAGAACAACAACACAAAUGUCCAUCACAGUUUCCUAGUCCCCAUAUUCAGGUGCUUUUUUGGCUCCUGUAUCGAGCCAUUGUUUGAUACUUUUAUGUGUUAAAACACUAAAUUGAUAUGUAGGUGAUUGAAAAAGUAAGAGCUAAAUUGACAAUACCACGUGAUGAAAAUAGUAAAAUACAUAUGUAUACAUAAAUAUGCCUGUUUUAUCAACAAUAUGUGGUUGCUUGUAUGUGGGCAUACGUUAAAGGUCUAUGUUCUGGUCCUAGCUGCAGUUGUCAGGAUUGGGUAAACCUGAACAAAGUCAUGGAUCAGAAUGGUUUACACAGAGUGACAUUGCCUUUGUUAUUUUCCCAGCAGUCAGCCAACUGCCAGCUGGGAAGGAACAGUUAAUAGUCAAAAUGUACAAACAUUUGAGGAGAGACUGGUUGUCAUCAUAAUGCAAAAUUAAAUUAAGUGGUGGGUUGUGCAGAGUUGUGCUGGCUCAAGUGUAACUUGGCCAAAGUGUAACUACGUGUAUGGUUACAGCGGUUAACUCAGGUUGAAGUAAGAGCAGCACAGUGAGAGCUGGACAGUGUAAAACAGUCACCUCACCUGAAGGGCACAAGAAAGUGAACAUUAACCUCCUCCUGCCCACCCUCCAUCCUCUGUUUUCUCCAUCCAUCAUCCCUCAUGGAUCUCUCAUUUCCCCCUCUCAUCUGAUCUGCAUGUUUACAUGAUGGAGUGAUUUCUCUCUCCAUCUGGGGAGAUUAGCUGUCCAAGGCUGCCCUUCUGCAUGCAAGAUAUAAGGAUGAAAGGAGAGUUGGGCAAACACACUCUCUUCCUCCGCUCCCAUUAUCAGCUUCUCCUCAGCUGAACAAAAAACACCAACUUUGUUGCAGGAUGUUCUGCGGUGGCUGUUAUUACGAUUUGGAAGCAGUAUGUCAGGGCUCUGUUCAUUCCAAUGACAGCCUGUCAGACUCCAGUCCACCUGCCCCUGGUGUUCCUACUCAGGUGGUCCAACCAGUGCAGACCACCCAGCAGCAGAGGUCAGUGUUGCAAGCGGUGUCGCAGGCAGCCAAGAGGAUUCAGGCUGGCCACAUCAACAACCUACAAUCUGUGCACAUUAACCAGGAGGUGGAGCAUGUGUACUCUGGCCAGGUGUAUGUGGAUGCAGGAGGAGGAGAUGCAACUUUUACCACAUCCACCAUUCGAUCGGGCACAUAUCCUUUUUCCGACUCGCCCCUCUACUCCCAGACCCCUCCUACUUCCUCCUCCACCUACUACGAGGCCACAGCCAGCUCUGAGUCGGACAUCCCCGGCUCGGUGACUUCGCAGCCGGUUUCUGUGGCAACAGCGGGAGCCAAUAGCGGGGGAGCUGCUGCGGGCGGAGGAGGCUACGUCAUUCAAGGAGGUUAUGUGUUAGGAGGAGGAGCUAGUGGAGGAACAGGUGGAGGAGGAGGACAGAGUUACUCCAGCCCUAACUCUCGCGCCCCACCUGCCACUGUGCAGUGGCUGUGUGAGAACUAUGAGGGGGCAGAGGGGGUGAGUUUACCCCGCUGUACCCUGUACUACCACUACUUGCUGCACUGCCAGGAGCAGAAACUAGAACCUGUUAAUGCUGCAUCAUUCGGCAAGCUCAUUAGGUCUGUCUUCAUGGGGCUACGUACACGGAGAUUAGGGACCAGAGGGAACUCUAAAUACCACUACUAUGGUCUACGGAUCAAAUCUGGCUCCCCUCUGCUCAGACUGAUGGAUGAACAACAGCACAUGGCAAUGAGGCAGCAGCCUUUCUCACAGAAAAACAGGAUAAAGCCAGUUCAGAAGACACAGGGGAUCACCAAUGGGACAUCAAGUGGUUUGGGUCAACAGCAGGGGACGGCACUCUGUGAUAUAUCGGCGCAGGUGCAACAGUAUCAGCAGUUUCUGGAGGCUUCAAGGCCGCUGCCAGACUUUGUGGAGAUUGAUCUGCAAGGUCAAACCCUGCCUGAUGGGAUCCUUUUAGAACACCUCAAGGCCUUUCAGACUCUCUACAGAGAACACUGUGAGGCCAUUCUGGACGUGAUGGUCAACCUUCAGUUCACUCUUGUGGAGACACUUUGGAAAUCCUUCUGGAGGUUCAGCCAGAGCAGUGACGCAGAAUCACUCGACCUGAACAACGAGUCUGAGAAGCGUCUGCCAAAAUCGUGCCUGGUGGUGCUGUGCAAGUACGACCCCGUGCUGAGCUGGACGAAAGAGUGCGACAACCUGCUCUACCAGACUCUGGUGGAGAUGCUCAUCCCUGAUGUACUGAGACCCAUCCCCAGUGCCUUAACUCAGGCCAUCCGUAACUUUGCCAAGAGUCUGGAGAACUGGUUGACAGGGGGCAUGAUGAACAUCCCGGAGGAGAUGGUUCGCGUAAAGGUGGUGUGUGUAGGCUCCUUCUCUCAGACGUUGCGCCGGUACACCAGCCUGAACCACCUGGCCCAGGCAGCCCGCGCUGUCCUCCAGAACUCAGCCCAGAUCAACCAGAUGCUUUCAGACCUCAACCGUGUUGAUUUCACUAAUGUACAGGAGCAGGCAUCCUGGGUGUGUCAGUGUGAAGACCGUGUAGUACAGCGUCUGGAGCAAGACUUCAAGAUGACUCUGCAGCAGCAAAACUCUCUGGAGCAGUGGGCAACCUGGCUGGAUGGUGUUGUCUCUCAGGCUCUAAAGCCUUACGAGCAAAACCCUGUUGCCCUACCAAAGGCUGCCAAGGUCUUCCUGCUCAACUGGUCCUUCUAUAGUUCUAUGGUAAUCCGGGACCUGACUCUGCGCAGUGCUGCCAGUUUUGGCUCCUUUCACCUGAUCCGCUUGCUGUAUGAUGAGUAUAUGUACUACCUGAUAGAACACAGGGUGGCCCAGGCUAAAGGAGUGACACCCAUUGCAGUCAUGGGAGAAUUUGCCAGCACCAUCAAGAGCCGAAUCUCUCCGGACCUGGAGAAAGAAGAAGAAGAGGAGGAUGAGGAAGAUGAGAGCGAGGACGAGACUGGAGAUCUGGUGCUGCAGUCCAGCUCCCUGAGUGCAGUAGAUGAUGAGAAGGAGCCAAUGGAGCCGCCCGCCAAGCUGCCCAGGACGAGUUUGAAUCUGCACACUCUGACCGAGACCCACAGCACCCCACCUUAGUCACACACACACACACACACACACACACACACACACACUCACUCACCUUUGCUUUAAGUUUAACAUCAUGUCAUCCCAUUCUGUCAUCCAGUGUAUGCUUCUGGUGUGCAAACACAUGACAUUUGGUGUUGAGUGUGUGGUCGUCUGUUGUGUGGGUGUGUGGGUGUAUGUGCGUGCAAGUAUGUAGGAAAGUUGGAGACCCCUUUGCCAAUUUUGUAUUCUGUACUUCUGUGCUGCCAAUCUUUUUCUCUUUGCCUUCACCUGCUCAUUUUCAGCCCUUCCCUCGUUCCCUGUGCCUUCCCUGUCUAUCCAGUGGUUAGACGUCAGUAGCCGCUGCUGUCCAGCCUACAGUAUACUGUAUACAGUAAACACAGUAUAUUCUUGAUUCCCUCCUGCCCCGCCUUAACCACUGACCUGAUUGCUGUGGUGAGAUAAGACUCCAGUGUUCUUCAUUGUACUCUAUACUCAAACUAUCACUCACCUUGCCUUUUAAAGCAAUGACUAUGCAGGGGAGCUGGACUAUAAUGAAUGGCACCGUCUGAAAUUUAAAUUUUUUUAACCUCACAGUAGCAUCUGGAAUGAUACUGCAAACCAUGGAUUUUGUUGGCACAUGGAUGUUGAUUGACAGCUAUGUGGAUGCCAUAUUUUACUUUUUAAUGUAUUAUCCUUAUUAAUUUGGCCAAUUAACUGAUACCCUGUGCCUUUGAGAGAUUUCUAGCCUGAAAAAAAGCUUGUAUUCUAUAUAUUCUGUAUCAGUGGAUUAAUAAAUGAAGGUCCUGUGAAGUAGUGUUGGUGUUGUCAUGAACUUUUAAUAGCUGUGAAAAAACAAACAAAUCUGAGAUGGUGACAGUCAAACCUCGUGAUGAUUCUGCCCAGUUUGAUGUUCCUCAUCCAUCCACUGUUUUAUCUAUAUAUCAGCCAUCCGUUCUUUCAAGCUCAUAAUCUCUCUUCUAAACAGACACACACACACACACACACACACACACACACACACAAACAAACUGGACAGACGGCUUAAGUGCUACCCCACCACACACACCUUCAUAGAUGCAGUGCAACCUGAACGGGCCACAGUACAAGGCCAAAGCUUAUCCCACCCAAUCAGCAGCACUUACUACACUGUAUCCAUGACAACCUAUGUACCAGCUACAGCUAUCUCAAACUUUUUGUAGUGUGAAAGUAGAUGUUUAUUUUCUGGGUAUCAAUGUUGAACAUUUUGUAGAUAACCUAUAUUAUGUACCUUUUGUGGACACUGUCAUAUAUCCAAACUAUUUGUAUGUUGUUUAACCAUUAUUGCCUUAAAAAUGUUGUGGUGUGUCCACCAUCCAGAUUAUUGAGCUAUAUUUUUAUUGUGAUGAUGGUGAUGAUGGACCAAGCAUGUGAAUAUGGUGACUUUAUAGAUGAACCCUUUCCAAAGAGCACAUGCUCAACCAGCAGCCUCUCACAUGGCAUGAGCAGAUUUAGAUUUUAUUAAGUGUGUUGUACUUUGGGACUGAAAGGAAAACAAUAGGAAUUCUAAUCGUACUAGUGGGAUGUCCCUCAGGAUGGAAUGACUACCAAGAUCCCACCAAAGAGCACUAAGCAGAAAACAAGGGUAUAUUUACAUGUGUUAAUAUUGUGAGAGCAGACUACAGAAUCUGACUUCAAAAUAAAAUCAACUGCUAACUGCGAUGUUCUUAGCUUGUGCUGCUGAACCUUUUAUAAAUGAGGUCCUCUUUAUGUUAUUCUGAAGACCUUUGUACUUAGAUCUGUGAUCAACGUUUGUAGCUUUAUUCUCACUGUCAACUAAAAUGAUGUUUGCU